ACUCUUUAGCUAUCCGUGAGAACGGUACAUUCCGGAUCUCAUUAAUGUGACGUCUUGCAUAUCACGCACCAUUAUUAGUUGACCGUGCUCCGCAUGGUAAUUCAAACUCCUCGCUUCGCCACUCGACUUGUCCGUGGUGUAAGUACAAGCUUGCCCACAUCAUUGAUAACAUAGUCAGUCAAAACGUUCAUCGUCCAUUUCAACGACCUUUUCGAUAACUUGAACUCAUAUUCUGGGACGUAUGGUGGCACCAAUACUUUGCAACUCCAAGCAUGACGGCUUUUGAAGACGAUACCGCUAUUAAUGACCUCACACACCAAAUUCCUGAGAAGCUCGGAACACCAUUUACAUCCGGAUCAUUUGGGAAGGUUUAUCGGUGUAGUAUUAAGACCACUAAAGGCGAAGUGGAGAUCGCAGUGAAGGUGUUCAUGACUGAUCGUUCGAAGUCUGUGGAGGAAUUUGAAAAACGAAUACGUCGAGAACUGAAGGUGUGGCUUAGACUGAAACACCCGACUAUCGUACCGCUACUUGGUAUCGCAUACGUUGACCCCCCAUUACCGGCUCUCGUCUCCCAGUGGAUGUCAUCUGGAACAUUAUACAUCUACCUCGAGGAAGCUACUACCAUCACCGUUUCCACUAAAGUUAGAUUGGCCAAGGGUAUUGUUGACGGCCUCAAUUAUCUUCACUCGGAGAACGUUGUACACGGAGACCUUCAUCCUGGAAAUGUGCUCAUAGAUGGUUCAGGAAAUCCAUGCCUGAUAGAUUUCGGUCUUGCAACAGUCGAAGGUGAAGCAGAGUUGCAGUUGAAUACGACGACCGCAGAACGCAGUUUCAACUCUCGAUGGCGUGCACCUGAGGUAAUUGGAAUCGAGCGUGGGCCUGAAAGACCGAAUUUCAAAAGUGAUGUCUAUUCAUUCGGUGGUGUCAUGUUUUUUAUCUUUUCGGGAGAUAGGCCGUGGAAAGAGAAGAACUCGAUUCAAAUCUGCAUCACACUGUCGAAGAAAACCGACCAUGAGCGUCCCAAAAAUAUCCUUGACGAUCAGUGGAACUUGAUUCGACAAUGCUGGUAUUGGGAACCAGGCAAUCGCCCGAGCGCUGCGGACAUCCUUGUGUCCAUUGAUCAAUCUAAGAUUAGCUUGCAGGUUCCGGCGUCUCGUCAAUCCAUUGCCCGUCAGUACUUCAAGGGAGCCGUGCGUUUUAUCAUCAUGAUGUUAAAGUGCCAAGCGGAUCAGACCCUGGGACCCUUGCAUGAUCUCUCUAUACGCACUGCCCUAUUGCCUCCUAUUAGUCUGCUCGACAUCACUGAGCAAAUAAGCAAGGGAUCAUCCCGAUACCCUGUCGCGCAAGGCAGCUUUGGGGAUGUUUGGAAGUGCAUACGCAAGCACCCUCGAAUCACGGUAGAGGUUGCAGUAAAGUGUUUGCGACUUGAGAUUCCGAACGUUAGUUGCAAGACACAAAUUACUGAGAGGCUGGAACGCCACUUGCAGGGGAACACUCAACUGAAACACGCCAAUCUGUUACCUUUUCUGGGAAUAACUCGAGGGUUCGGUCCGCUGCCUGCUAUUGUCUCCCCAUGGAUGCACAGAGGCUCACUUGUCAUGCUUCUGGAACGUGAUUUCCAGCAACUUACUCUCACUCGAAUGCUCCAAAUCCUCAAAGAUGUCGCUUCAGCUCUUCAGUACUUGCACUCCAAAAAUAUAGUACACGGCGAUCUCACCGGCAACAAUGUUCUCAUCGAUGAGAACGGCAACGCCUUAGUGGCUGACCAUGGAAUCUCUAUUGUUUGUGCCGAGCUCAAUGGCGUGACAUUUAUCAGGAGCAAUGUGCGAUGGACCGCACCUGAAAGCUUUCAAGUCACGGAAGAUGACGAGUCAAUAAACUUGCCCCAAUUGCCAUCAGACAUCUAUUCUUUCGGGUGUAUCAUGUUGCAGGUCUUUACAGGAAAAGUUCCGUAUUCCGAAUUUCGAAGUGACCAUCAAGUUACCGUGCAGAUACUGAGAGGCCGGAAGCCUGCUCGACCAGUGGCUCCGCCUAUUGCGGAUGCUCCAUGGGAUUUCAUGCAGAAGUGCUGGCUUGAUGAGCCGGAACACAGGCCUUCAGCCAAGGAAGUCCUGAUAUAUAUACAGGGACAGCUGAAACUGCUAGAGGGCGGCUCCUGACUCUCCCAUGCGACUCAUGAUGUUGUUGUAAGGAAGCCUACGGCUUUGGUGCUGAGCGCUGGACGCUCGCUCGGACCUACACUUCAAUCAUUGUGACCAUAGUACACACUAGGCCUCCCAUUAUAUUUCCUUUUCCGUUUCUACUUUAUCUUUUCGCAUCCUUACUCCCGAAACACCUUUGUCUACAUUUUGUAAGCAUACUGCUUACUACACGUCAUGAGCGACGUCAUUUGUCUGUGCGAUGUCAUGAUUGGACACUGCGUGUUGUUUGUUCCUUAUUUGUUCUCUUACAUAUAUAAGACUGGUUUCCCCUGUACACAUAUCUCACCUUCUACCUUACCGCCGAAUCCAUAUGCUCAUCCAUUCUUGGUUGAAGCUGACACCUCCAGCGCAAGAUCUGAA